UAAGAGGCCUCAGUGCCGCCUGAUUUUCGUCCCUCCGCUAUCCAGGCAGGAGUUUUAGGCCGCAGUGCAGGCCUGGUGUAGUCUCCUGUCUGGACAGAGCAAGAAGUGAACAAUGCAGAAGGACACUGGCCCUCUAGUGCCUUUGCAUUGGUUUGGCUUUGGCUACGCAGCACUGAUUGCAUCUGGUGGGAUCAUGGGUUAUGCAAAAGCAGGUAGUGUGCCGUCCCUGGCUGCUGGGCUCCUCUUCGGGGGUUUAGCAGGCCUGGGUGCUUAUCAGCUGUCUCAGGAUCCCAGGAACAUUUGGGUUUUCCUAGCUACAUCUGGGACCUUGGCUGGCAUUAUGGGGAUGAGAUUCUACCACUCCGGAAAAUUUAUGCCUGCAGGUUUUAUUGCAGGUGCCAGUUUGCUGAUGGUUGCCAAAGUGGGAAUUCAUAUGUUGAGCAGACCUCAUCAGUAGUGAUCGUGUCCUAGCUUGGACUCAUGAAGAAUUAAAAAUCUCUAAACUUUUACUGUUUUCAGUGUAUCAAGAGAGAAAAGCACAAGAUUUCUGUAUCUCUGACAUGCUACUUUAAAAAAAAAAAAAAAGACACUGAACUUGAUGGGAAAAUUCUCAGCCUUUAGCGUUAUAACCCUACACAGGUGACAAAUGUAUAACACAAAGCUUAACAAAACACUCAUACAGUUUGAUUCUUAUAUACUGAUGUUAUCUCUUUCUGUUAUCUAUUGAGUAAAAUUUCAAGGCGCAAAAUUUUAGGUAUCAACAUUGGGCACCCUGAAACCUCGUGCCCUAGUCCCUUAAAAAAUUCUGUUCAGGGGAACAGAAUGAAAAAAAUCUCUUAGGAGAUUUAGGAUAUCUGUUCUUUUGCUUAUCUUACAGCACAGACCUACUUUGAAAUUAUGUCAAAUGAAAUAUGUAAUAUCAGUGAAAAUAAAGUUUACUAUGAAUAA